AUGAAGUUCUCUACUACCAUUGCUGCUUUGGCCACUUUUGUCGCUGGUGUUGUUGCCCAAAACCCAAACUCGUUCAGCUCUCCUCUUAACGAUACUGUUGUUUACACUGGAGCCACUUUUGUUAUUCAAUGGAACUCUACUGGUGGUGGUGAUACUGUCGACCUUCUUCUUAAGAAGGGAGAUCCUAACAACCUCGACACUGUUUUCACCAUUGGUAACAAGAUUCCUAACCAAGGUGCUGUCAAGUGGGCUGUUCCUACUUCUCUUCCCUCUGGAAACCAAUAUGCUUUGGAGAUUGUAGACGAUGCUAACCCCAAUGCUAUCAACUACUCUCCUUUCUUCCAAAUUGUUAACAACGUCACUGGUACCACUGUCAUUGGAGCCACCACCUCUGCUGCCUCUUCUACUGCUGUUUCUUCUAGUGUUGCUUCUUCCAGCUCUGCUGCCAACUCUACCACUGCUGAGAGUUCAUCUGUUGUCUCUUCCAGCACUGCUGUUGUCAAGAACACCACCACCACUCACCACACCACUGCUGCUGCUGGUAAGACCACUGGAUCUGCUUCUGGCUCUGGUGCUUCUGAAUCGGCCACUGCCUCUGACGUUUCUUCCACCUCUGCUGCCGCCUCUACCACUGCUUCUGAGACCACUGCCUCUACCGGUGCUGGUAUCAUUUUCGGUGCCAACGGUCUCGUUGUUGCUGGUGGUAUUGCCGCUGCCAUGCUUGCCUUGUAA